CGGGGGAGUGUUUCCAGGGGACACUUUGAACGCACGGUAUCACGUAGACGUAAUAUUGCCGAACGUCCAUGUUCGUUUAUAAAACACUGUAAACAGAAUUUAUUUGUGAAAAGGCUUUUUAUUUUGUAGGAGUACCCGUGUGAGCGGUCUAAAAAUGUCAGGAGCAAACGCUUUAAACUCCAAGCAGCCGCCGAUUCAGUCGACGGCGGGAGCUGUGCCGAUUCGAAAUGAUAAAGGUGAAAUUUCUAUGGAGAAGGUAAAAGUGAAGCGAUAUGUGUCGGGAAAGCGUCCAGACUAUGCCCCUAUGGAGUCCUCGGAUGAAGAAGAAGAGGAUUUCCAGUUUGUUAAGAAAGGUAAAGAGGCUGAACCCGAGAUGGAAGUGGAAGAAGAUGAAACGUCAGAUCCUCGUCUUCGACGUCUCAUGAAUCGAGUGUCAGAAGAUGCUGAGGAAAGACUUGCAAGACACAGGCAAAUAGCAGAGCCAGAGCUGAUUGCUCAAAGCAGCGAGGACUCCGAUGAAGGAACCUGGCACCCUGAACGAGAGGAGAGCAGUGAAGAUGAAGAAGAGGAGGAAGUUGAUGAUGAAGAAGUUGAAAGGAGGCGAGCCAUGAUGCGACAGCGUGCACAAGAAAGAAAAAAUGAGGAAAUGGAGAUCAUGGACGUGGAGGAGGAGGGAAAAUCUGGAGAGGAGUCUGAAUCGGAGUCAGAGUACGAGGAGUACACAGACAGCGAGGAUGAAACAGAGCCUCGGUUAAAACCUGUGUUCAUCCGCAAGAAGGACCGAGUGACAGUUGCAGAACGAGAAGCUGAAGAGCAGAAGCAGAAAGAACUAGAAGCAGAGGCCAAAAAACAAGCCGAAGAGAGACGACGGUACACGCUGAAAAUUGUAGAGGAGGAAGCCAAGAAAGAGUUUGAGGAGAACAAACGUACGCUUGCUGCACUUGAUGCUCUAGACACUGAUGGAGAAAAUGAGGAGGAAGAGUAUGAGGCCUGGAAAGUAAGAGAACUUAAGCGCAUUAAGAGAGACAGAGAAGCCAGAGAAACAAUGGAGAAAGAGAAGGCUGAAAUCGAGAGAUUUCACAAUCUUACAGAGGAGGAACGCAGAGCAGAACUGCGCAACAAUGGAAAAGUUGUCACCAACAAAGCAUCGAAGGGCAAAUAUAAGUUUCUGCAGAAGUACUAUCACAGAGGAGCUUUCUUCUUGGAUCAAGAACAGGAUGUCUUCAAGAGAGACUUUAGUGCGCCAACCCUCGAGGAUCACUUCAACAAAACAAUCUUGCCCAAAGUCAUGCAGGUCAAAAACUUUGGACGUUCCGGGCGUACAAAAUACACACAUUUGGUGGAUCAGGACACCACUUCAUUCGAUUCUGCUUGGGCUCAGGAGAGCGCUCAAAACAGCAAGUUCUUCAAACAGAAGGCAGCAGGUGUAAGAGAUGUGUUUGAUCGUCCAACAGUGAAUAAAAGGAAGACAUGAACCCUUU